CCAAUUCAUCACCUCUCUUUCUUCCCUUGGACGCGUUUCGUUUACCGUUUCUUGAAACCCUAACCCUAGCCCCUAGAAUUCAGACCUGUUCUUCACCGAUUCUAUUAAGUUAACCACAAUUUCGGCUUUAUUAGGAGUACGAUUUGGGUCGGAUUAGGGUUUUUGGGAGGAUCGGUAGGUGUUGAUCAAGCGAUGGAGAGGGUUGGGGAGCUUCGUUGUUGACGAAGAUAAUGGUCGAUUCGGCACGGUUCUGCUUGAAUUGUAUGGGCGAAGAAUGCCGGAGCUGCGGAGAGGAGUACGACGCGGCCGUGAUCCGAUAGACCAGCGGGCGAAGCGAUCGGAGCACUUGGUUGGGAACUACAUACGGACCCGUGCCGCCGUUGCUAAGGCAAGGGCAGUGGAGGCGGCGGCAGCAGGAAAGGGGAAGGCAGUGGUAGUGGAGGCGCCGCGGGUAGCGAGGAGGAGGCAGAGGAAGGGGCAGGUGAUUGUGAUACCGGAGGGGCAGGGUGGUUCGGAAAAGAAGAGGUCGGAGAAGCCCGCGGAAGAAGAAGAGGGUGGGUUAUUGGGGGAUAAGGAAGGGGGAGGAGGGGUUGGGAAGAAAGAAAUGAUGGGAGAUGACAGUGGGGGCUUGAGCGCAAAUAAAGCUACUGGGCAGGAGGAGGAAGGUAGCACCGCCCCGUUCCCAGAGAGGGUUCAAGUAGGGGGAUCGCCUGUAUAUAAGAUUGAAAGGAAGUUGGGUAAAGGUGGUUUUGGUCAAGUGUUUGUUGGUCGCCGUGUUACAGGUGGAAAUGAACGCACAAGUGGUCCUAGUGCUACGGAGGUAGCUUUGAAAUUCGAGCACAGAAACAGCAAAGGCUGCAACUAUGGCCCUCCAUAUGAGUGGCAGGUGUACAACACUCUGGGUGGCAGUCAUGGAGUGCCUAGAGUACACUAUAAAGGAAAGCAAGGAGACUAUUAUGUGAUGGUUAUGGACAUGCUAGGGCCUAGCUUAUGGGAUGUAUGGAAUUCUUCAGGGCAAGCGAUGUCUUCAGAAAUGGUAGCUUGUAUUGCAGUUGAGUCUUUAUCAAUCCUAGAGAAGAUGCACUCAAGAGGUUAUGUGCAUGGAGAUGUAAAACCGGAAAACUUUUUACUGGGCCAGCCAUCUACAACACAAGAGAAGAAGUUGUUUCUUGUUGACCUUGGAUUAGCGACCAAGUGGAGGGACAGUGCUAAUGGGCAACAUGUUGAAUAUGAUCAGCGGCCUGAUAUGUUUAGGGGAACUGUGAGAUAUGCUAGUGUUCAUGCUCACUUGGGAAGAACUGCCAGCAGAAGAGAUGAUCUAGAGUCUCUUGCAUAUACACUCAUCUUCCUUCAUCGUGGCAGGUUACCCUGGCAAGGCUAUCAGGGCGACAAUAAGUCCUUCCUAGUUUGCAAGAAAAAGAUGGCAACUUCUCCUGAAAUGCUUUGUUGCUUCUGCCCUACACCUCUUAAACAAUUUCUUGAGAUUGUUGUGAACAUGAAAUUUGAUGAGGAGCCAAACUACUCCAAGCUAAUAUCUCUGUUUGAGGGAUUAAUUGGACCUAAUCCAGCUAUAAGGCCAAUAAACACUGAUGGUGCUCAGAAGAUUAUCUAUCAAGUUGGUCAAAAACGGGGUAGGUUGAAUGUUGAGGAGGAAGAAGAUGGGCAACCCAAGAAAAAGGUUCGAUUGGGAAUUCCUGCUACCCAGUGGAUUUCAGUAUACAAUGCUAGGCUACCGAUGAAACAGAGGUAUCAUUACAAUGUUGCUGAUGGAAGAUUGGCACAACAUGUGGACAGAGGAAAUGCAGAUGGUCUGCUUAUAAGUUGUGUUGCAUCUUGCUCAAAUCUGUGGGCACUUAUUAUGGAUGCUGGAACUGGUUUCACACACCAAGUUUAUGAACUGUCACCUUUCUUCUUACACAAGGAAUGGAUUAUGGAACAAUGGGAGAGGAACUUUUAUAUCAGUUCCAUUGCUGGUGCUAACAAUGGAAGUUCCCUUGUUGUGAUGUCCAAAGGCACACAAUAUACUCAACAGUCUUACAAAGUAAGCGACUCCUUCCCCUUUAAAUGGAUAAACAAGAAGUGGAGAGAAGGAUUCCAUGUAACUUCCAUGGCAACUGCUGGAAGCCGAUGGGGGGUAGUCAUGUCUCGCAAUGCUGGCUUUAGUGAUCAGGUUGUGGAGCUUGAUUUUCUCUAUCCAAGUGAGGGCAUCCACAGAAGGUGGGACAGUGGUUAUCGAAUAACAUCAACGGCUGCAACUUGGGAUCAAUCUGCACUCAUCUUGAGUGUGCCCAAGCGCAAACCUGGUGAUGAAACUCAGGAAACUCUUAGGACAUCCCAGUUUCCAAGUACACAUGUUAAGGAAAAAUGGGCUAAGAAUCUCUAUCUUGCCUGCGUGUGCUAUGGACGAACUGUAUCUUGAUUAUCCCCUAAACUGCUCAGAAAGGAAGAAACUGUGCCACAGACUCUCCCUUCUUUCCAUUGUCUGUUUCCUUCAUGUUAAUUGUAAAAAUUGGUGGGUGAGAGCUAUCUGUUUAGGCAUUAGAAUCUUGCUCCCAUGUAUGAUAAACUAUUUUUAUGACAGCGUUUUUUUGUUGUUGGCCCUUACUCUCCAGCCUUAGAUGCUGCCAUUUGUAGAAGAAGGCUUUUGUUUUUAUAAUUGCAAUUUAAAAUUGAUGGAUAGUCGGAUGUA